CCUUUUGCUUAACCGCUCAACUUUUCGAUUUUGCGCCAUUUUACUGUUAACGUUCGUGCUGCGUACAACGUUUCUGUUGUGAUUCUCGUGAUUGUCUGUUGUGUUUAAAUAAUUUAAAUCACUCAAAAUGUUUGAAGCACGUCUGAUUAAUAGUGUUACACUGAAGAAGGUCCUCGAAGCCAUCAAAGACUUGCUGAACGAUGCAUCUUUCGACUGCUCCGAUACCGGCAUCCAACUUCAAGCCAUGGACAACUCGCACGUUUCUCUCGUUUCGCUCACCCUUAAAUCCGAUGGCUUCGAUAAAUACCGCUGCGAUAGGAACAUUACAAUGGGCAUGAAUCUUUCAAGUAUGGUCAAAAUUCUCAAAUGUGCAAACAACGACGACACAGUUACAAUUAAGGCACAGGAUGAUGCAGAUAUGGUCACCUUCAUGUUUGAGUCAAAGAAACAAGACAAAAUCUCAGAUUAUGAGAUGAAACUGAUGAACUUGGACCAGGAACACUUGGGUAUUCCUGAGACUGAUUUCUCCUGUGUGAUUCGCAUGCCGUCCGUUGAAUUUGCGCGCAUUUGUCGCGAUCUGGCGCAAUUCGGUGAAUCAAUUGUGAUUUCAUGCACAAAGGAAGGUGUCAAGUUCUCAUCUAGUGGUGACAUUGGCAGUGCCAAUGUUAAACUUGCUCAAACCAGCAACUUUGAGAAGGAAGAAGAAUCUGUUACCAUUGAAAUGCAGGACCCAGUUUCGUUAACGUUUGCGUGUCAGUACUUGAACUCCUUCACGAAAGCGACACCUCUUUCCGCGCAGGUGCAACUCUCAAUGUUCGCUGAUGUUCCACUUGUGGUGGAAUACACCGUCCCUGAAUUGGGUUACAUUCGCUAUUAUUUGGCGCCGAAAAUCGAAGAAGAAGAAAACUAAUCUCAUCACCAACUUACACAAAAGCAUGUGCCUUAUACACACUUCACUUAUUCUUAUUUAUACUAUUAAGUAAUCUUACAUACAAUAAAACACUGAAAACCAUAAUUAAA